UUUCGUUAGUGAUUCUCAAUCUUGGUAAUUUAUAUUUUGCCAAGACACUGAAAAAAUUUGAUACCAUCUACUUUAUGGCGGGCAAAGGGAAAAGGCGACGAGGAAAUACAGUCACCAUUCCGGUCGAUUCAAACCCCACCCAGCAAAAUAUUCAAUCUUUGGAUUUUAAUGCCGAGUGUGAGGCUGAUCAGAGGAAAGCAAUCAACUUUACUGAAACAGUUGAUGAUGGUGUGAAAAGAAAACGUGGCAGAAGAAGUGAAAAGAAGCGCAAGACAACGAUGUCCAAGGGCAGUUUGUCCGAGAAGAACAGCGCUCAAGACGAAAACCAUGGUGAAAAUGGUGGGGUUGGAGUUUCUACCUCUGAUCAAGGUGAGAAGAAGAAGCGUGGCAGAAAGAGAAAAAAGGAAAAGGAGAAGAUGGAAAGGAAGUUGUUGGGGGAAAAUUUAUUGGAGAAAAAUGCUGAAAAUAGCAGGGUCGGAUGUUCUUCUUUUCAAGGUGUGAGAAAGGAAAGGAAAGACAUGAACAAGAAGAUGUCAGAGGGCAAUUUGCUGGAGAAGAAGGGUGGUCGAGAUGUUAGCCACGGUGAAAGGGAUGGGGUAGGUGGUUCUUCUCCUCUUCAAGAAGGCGUGAAAGAUGGGGGAAAUGACGAGCUUCAUGAGAAGAGACUUGGGAGGAAGACAAAAGUUGUUAAGGAAGGUGAAAAUGGGGGGGUUGGAUUUUCUACCUCUGAUCAAGGUGUGAAAAAGAAGCGUGGAAGAAAGAGUAAAAAGGAAAAGGAGGAGAUGGAAAUGAAGUUGUUGGGGGAAAAUUUGUUGGAGAAAAAUGGUGAAAAUAGCAGGAAAAGACUUGGGAGGAAAAGAAAAGUUGUUAAGGAAGGUGACGGUGAGUUUGAAAUGCCUGCCGGUUUUUCGGGAAGUGGAAGUGACAUUCGGAAACAACAUAAUUUUAAAAGCCGUAAAGUCAAAAUAGAAGUUGUGAUGCCGAAAAAGAAUAAGAGGGAUAAGGAGUUUAUUGAAUAUGAAUCCAAAAUGUGCCAUCAAUGCCAGAGAAAUGAUAAAGGCAGGGUUGUGAGGUGCACAAAUUGCAAAAGCAAAAGAUUUUGCAUUCCCUGUAUUCAAAAUUGGUAUCCUCAUUUGAAAGAGGAUUGCAUUGCAGAGGAAUGUCCCGUGUGCCGUGGUAAUUGCAACUGCAAAGCAUGCUUGCGAUCUGAUGUACUUAUUAAAAAAAUGAAGGCAAAAACCAGCACCAAUAAAGAUGAGAAGGUUGAAAUCUCUAUGUGUUUGCUGCAAGUACUUCUUCCGUAUUUAAGAUUGUUGGAUGAAGAGCAAAGGAUUGAGAAUGAGACAGAAGCUAAGAUACAGGGAAUCUCAGUCUCAGAGCUUGAAGUAGUACACACAGAUUAUUAUAAGGAUGAACGUGUAUAUUGUGACAAUUGCAAAAUUUCAAUAUUUGAUUACCACAGAAGCUGUACGGAAUGUUCUUUCUAUCUUUGUCUUAUCUGUUGCCGUGAACUUCGUAGUGGUCAGCUUGUAGGGGGUGCAGAUCCAAUUACGUUGGAGUUUCCAUUCAGAGGUCGUGAUUACUUGCAUGGUGGAAAUGUAGAUAAAACGGUAAACCAAACAGAAUCAAAUGCUGCUGCUAAGCCUCUAAUUCGCGAAUGGUCAAGAGCUGGAUGGCAUGCAGAUAGUAAUGGUAGCAUUCCUUGUCCAAAAGAAUGUAACCAUGGUUUUCUUGAACUGAGAACUGUAUUAGGUCAACAUUUUAUUGCUGAUUUAUUGUGUAAAGCAAAUGGACUGGAACAAACAUUCAAGCAUGAGACCCCUGACAAAUUCUGUUUGUGUUCAAGGCCUGAUAGAAGCGCAAAUUAUGGUAUGAGGAUGGCUGCAUCCCGUGCAGAUUCUGGUGACAAUUAUUUGUACUGUCCUAAGGCUGUACAACUACAGGAUAAGGAUUUAGGGCAUUUUCAGUGGCAUUGGGAAAAGGGGGAGCCUGUCAUUGUUAGCCAUGUGUUUGAUUGUACAUCUGGUUUAAGCUGGGAACCGCUUGUCAUGUGGCGUGCAUUGCGUCAGAUGAAUAAUACCAAACGUGAACAACAUUUAUAUGUAAAGGCAAUUGAUUGCUUAGAUUUCUGCGAGGUAGAAAUUAAGAUGCACCAAUUCUUUACUGGGUAUACGAAAGCUUUUGGGGAUUGGCUUCAUUGGCCUCGGAUAUUGAAGUUAAAAGACUGCCCACCUUCUAAUUUAUUUGAGGAACGCUUGCCUAGACAUUUUGCUGAGUUCAUAUCUUCUUUACCAUUCAAGGAAUAUACUGAUCCUUUUGGGGGUUGCCUUAACAUAGCUGUUAAAUUUGCUAAAGAUUGUCCAAAGCCAGACAUGGGGCCAAAGACAUACAUUGCUUAUGGAUUUCCCCAUGAGCUUGGACGUGGUGACUCAGUGACUAAGCUCCACUGUGAUAUGUCCGAUGCUGUAAAUGUGUUGACUCAUAUUGCUGAACUCGAAUUGCAACCUGAGCAUCUUAGUGCCAUUGACAAGUUGAAACUAAAGCACUUUGAGCAAGACAAGAAGGAACUGCAUAGUGAUCACGAUGGAGAAACUAAUGUUGACGAAGUAAAAAUGAGGCCAGAAAGUGAUUUGUCGUUUGCAGGGGAUGGUUCAGAAGGUGCUCUGUGGGAUAUUUUUCGGAGGCAGGAUGUACCUAAAUUGCAGGAGUAUCUGAUGAAGCAUUUUAGAGAGUUUAGGCAUAUCCAUUGCAGUCCUGUAGAGCAGGUUAUUCACCCCAUCCAUGACCAGACAUUCUAUUUGACCGUGGAGCAUAAGAAGAAGCUUAAGGAGGAGUAUGGAAUUGAGCCCUGGACAUUCGUUCAGAAGCUUGGAGAUGCUGUUUUCAUUCCAGCCGGCUGUCCUCACCAAGUCAGAAAUCUGAAGUCAUGUAUUAAAGUUGCAUUGGAUUUUGUUUCUCCUGAAAAUGUUGGGGAGUGCUUUCGAUUAACAGAGGAAUUUCGUACACUUCCCAUAAGCCAUGUGUCUGCUGAGGAUAAAUUGGAGGUGAAAAAGAUGGUAAUAUAUGCUAUGCAAGAUGUGGUAACAAAAUUGGAGAAAAAGCAAGGUUCUUGAUUCAAUUAUCAUUCUUCAAUGAGGAGGAGGAGGUGGAAUAAUAAAUUUUGGGUCAUUAGCUCAUUCGUGACUGUAAGAACGGUUCCAUAUUUUGUUGUUUCAACCACACCGGGGAAGGUUGUUUUUGGUUACCAUAAUACGACUUGUAAACCUAGCUUUCACAUCUAGCUUGUAUCUUCUAUAGAUGUUCUGUUUCCUAUUACCAACUCUUAAAUGCCAUUUAAUUGUAUUCUGAAGAAUGCAAUCAGAGGUAAUAUGAAUAUUAUGUUAGAUUACUAAA